GUAGAGACGACAUUUCAACAGGAGCUCGUGACACAGUGAGACGGUGAAACACACCGCUCGCAACAUUAGUAGAGGAUUGUAUGUUUCUGCUCAUGUUUUGCUCAGUCUCCAGGGUGCCGGGUUUACCACAGGUGAAACCUCGCCCCCGUCUGUCACUUGGGCAACAGGGGCGUCACAUCGAGACAUGGAUCUCGUCAGCAGUCUGACAGACAGAGGCUGACACAUCUUGCUGGUCAUGCAGCUGCAACAUGAGGAGCUUCACCGCGGCGUGUUACCUGAGGACUCUGCUUCUAGGACUGCUUCACAUCCAAUGUGGGGCCCGCGUGCUGACGGAGGUCCCGUCAGGGCCUCUCUACCGGGUCGCAGGCCACCCGCUCCGGGUUCCCUGCAACGUGAGCGGCUUCCGGGACGCUGAGAGAGAGAAGGGCUUUCAGGUUCUAAUGCAAGAACCGGAGAAGACAAUGGACAUCAACGUCAUCAGCGCCAGAGAUCAAAACUUUGCCUGGGGCAAGUUUAGCGGCCGUGUGAAAAGCAAGGAAAUCACCCUGGCGAUGUUGGCGCCCAACUCGGCUCUCUUCACCAUCGGCGAGUUGAAGGCGAGCGACGAGGGGGAGUAUGAAUGUGCUGUGGAAAACGACGAAACCGCCUAUGACGGAACCUAUUCUGCUAAGAUCAAAGUGAAAGUGAUCGACAACACCCUGACCGUCUCCUCCCCGGACCCCCCCUCGCUGAGCCUGGACGAAGGCGACCCGCUCACUCUGACGUGCCAGGCCUCCAGCAACACCGUCCAGCACACCCACCUAUCCGUCACCUGGUACCUCCACAUGGACGGGGAAGAGCCCCCCCAGCCCAUCGUCUCCCUGGACAAGGACCUGACCCCGAGUCCCGGGCCGAGGUUCAGGGAACGCUACGGAGCCGGGAUCGUUCGGCUGGACAAAGUGGGCGAGGCCACGUACCGGCUGACCAUAGCCCAGCUAGAACCGUCGGACCAGGGGCGGGUCUACUGCCAGGCCCGGGAGUGGAUCCAGGACCCUGACCGGUCCUGGUACCCGAUCACUCAGAAGGACUCGGAGACCACCGCACUGACGGUCAAAGCUAAAGACCAGGUGGGGGCUGAGCAGGGCUCUCUGUCGGUGAGGCUGUCGGUGAGACCGGAGGCCCUGCAGGAGGGCCAGGAGCUGGCUUUAACCUGCAGCGUCGAGGGCCUUGCCGCCAGACAGUCCUUCUCCGUGGCCUGGCUUCGGGACGGCUCGGAGCUGGCCCGCUUCGGCCCCACGGGCGUCCUGCAUGUGGGGGCGGAGCACGGCGACCGCCACACCGGGGGGCAGCUACUGGCCACCAAGACCGGCCCCAGGGAGCACCUGUUGGUCCUCAGGCCGGUGAGGGUGCAGGACCAGGGGGGGUACGCCUGCAGAGCCUGGCCCCAGGACCGGAACGAGGACGAGAGCUUCACGCAGGGCCAGUACCGGGACUCCCCGACCCAGGUGGUCAGCAUCUCCGCCACAGCGAGUGAGCUCUCCGUCCAGAUGGGGGGUGAGAGCGUCGCGGUCACGGAGGGCGGUAGGCUGCAGCUGACCUGUAGAGUGACCGGGUUCAGAGGUCGACUCUCAGUCACCUGGGAACACAAGUCCGCCAGUCCCUCCAGACAGGUGGUGGGCCUCAGCCAGGAGGGGGUGGUGGAGCCGGGGCCGGACUUCGCCCAGAGAGACGUCAGAGCCAGGCGACCGGCAGCCGACACGUUCACCUUGGAGCUGGAGGAAGUGCGCCCGUCCGACGCGGGCACCUACGGGUGCACCGUGUCCGAGUGGACCGUCAAGCCCACCGGGGACGUUGAAUUGUCCCACAGCCAAGAGAAGACGUGCACUGUGAAUGUCGGCCUUUUAGAGAACACGCUGAGGCUGACUCUGAAGGGACGCGAUACCGCGGCGACGUUGGGGGGAGACGUGGAGCUCUGGUGCCACGUCAAGGCCCCCCGCAUCCCCAUGACGCUGACAUGGACCCUGCGGCGCGACGGGUCCCCCCCCGACAGGCUCCUGGAGCUGUCCCCGGACGGCGCCAUCACCUGGCGGGGGGGCCGGCAGCAGCGCUACCAGCUGCGGGUGGAGCGGCUCGAUGAGACGGUCCUCGUUCACAAGCUGCGCAUCGCGGGGGCCACGCCCAGCGAGGCGGGCCGCUACCAGUGCGAGGCGUCGGUGUUCCUGGAGAAGAGACACAAGAAGAUGAACCCGUCCAACGAGCUGGCAGUCAUGGUGACACGGCCGGAGAGCAAGCUCUCCCUGGACGCCCAGUCAAUCAGCGGUCUGCUCGACGCCGACGUGGUGGUCACCUGCUCCGUGACCGAGACCACCCCGGGCAACCCCAGCUACGCCGUCACCUGGCGGGAGGAACGCGACAACCGCACCCUCCUGGUCUCGAGUCGUGACGGCGUGGUCACUCCCGGAGCUCAGGCGACGCCCGGCGACGAGCAGCGAAUCAGCAUGCGGCAGAGGGCGGGCCCUAGCUUUGAGCUGACCAUUCGCCGUGCCCGGGUUGGGGACAGCGGGAGGUACUCUUGCGUGGUCGUGGAGUGGCUGCAGGAUCCCAACGACAACUGGUUUGACCUGCCGCCGGUGCGAGGGACCAUGACUUUGCAGAUCUCAGAGCCAGAGGGUGGGCUGUCCGUCGGAGGAGGACGAGAGGUCAACGUGACGGUGGCUGCGUCCCACGACUUCACCGUCCCCUGCGACAUCAUCGCCCAGUCCAGCCCCUACUCCGCCUUCAACGUCACCUGGUUCUGGAGGAGGGAGGCGGACGGCGAGACACGCCCCCUCUUCACCGCGCAUCCCGACGGCACGCUGCAGGACGUCAGUGGGCGGGGCGACCGGCUCCGGUUCCACCGCCCGCGACCCGCCCUCUUCAGCCUGACGGUGUCCGGGGCGCUGCCAGAGGACGGAGGGCGGUACCACUGCCGGGUGGAGGAGUGGCUGCUCUCCCCUUCCAGGAGAAGGGUGGGGGGGGUGCAGCGGUCCGAGGAGCUCAGUGUCAACAUCCAAGUCUUCGACAUGCAGGUGGACCAUGACCAGCGCAACCUGAGGGUCACCGAGGGCAACGACGUGGACCUGGACUGCUCCCUGACCAAGUAUGGGUUUGGGCCCGGCACGGCUUUCUCCCUCACCUGGUUCUACACGGGCCCCCUUCCCGGGGAGAACGUCACCCUGGCAGAGCUGAGCCAGGAGGGUCUUCUGACGCGACCGUGGGGGGGCGGCCCAGGCAGGAGGCUGACCCUGUCCCGGCCCGACCGCUGCAACUUCCGGCUGAGUCUGCAGAGCGCCCAGCCGGGGGACGGGGGGCACUACUGGUGCCGGGUGGAGCAGCACCGGCUGGGGCAGGAGGGACGCUGGCAGCUGGUGGCCGUGGACACGUCCGGGCGUACGCACCUCACCGUGGGGGACCCGGAGGGUGGGCUGUCCGUCGGAGGAGGAGGAGAGGUCAACGUGACGGUGGCUGCGUCCCACGACUUCACCGUCCCCUGCGACAUCAUCGCCCAGUCCAGCCCCUACUCCGCCUUCAACGUCACCUGGUUCUGGAGGAGGGAGGCGGACGGCGAGACACGCCCCCUCUUCACCGCGCACCCCGACGGCACGCUGCAGGACGUCAGUGGGCGGGGCGACCGGCUCCGGUUCCACCGCCCGCGACCCGCCCUCUUCAGCCUGACGGUGUCCGGGGCGCUGCCAGAGGACGGAGGGCGGUACCACUGCCGGGUGGAGGAGUGGCUGCUCUCCCCUUCCAGGAGAAGGGUGGGGGGGGUGCAGCGGUCCGAGGAGCUCAGUGUCAACAUCCAAGGCAAUAUGCAUGCUGCCUCAGACUCCUCUUCUUCAGCCAUCCUUCCAGGGGUCCUCACAGGCCUGAUCGUACUCCUACUGGUGGUUGUGGGGGUCCUGGUGCUGAAGAUACGACAGGGCCCGACCACAGGGGCCAGGAAGAAGACCUCUCUCUGGACAGAGGGAGUCUUUCUGAAGGACAAAGCCCCCAAGCAUAUCGAUGAAGACUAGAGGAGGAGGAGAGAAGAGGAGAGGAGGAGGAGAGGAGAGGAGGGAGAGGAGGAGGAGAGGAGAGGAGGGAGAGGAGGGA